AUGUUAAUGAAUGAUUAUGAUGACGAUGAUGAUGGUGAUGAUGUAAAUCUAUUGACUAUCUAUCUAUCUAUCUAUCUAUUUGGUGAUUGUUUCAACAACAACAACAACAACAACAACAAUAAUGUUGUCGACGAUGAGGAAAGUAAAAAGGUCAUAAUGAACCACCAAAGUAGUAGAAGUAGUAGUAGAUCUAUUGCUACUACUACUAUUAAACAAUCAAGGUGGAAAGAUGAUGCAGAGUUUGCAGACAAGAUAUCACAAGCAUGUCAUCAUCAUUUUGAAAAGAAUUUACCAAAAAAAGGAAAGCCUCAAGAUAGAGAAUGGACAGUAAUGGCUGCAUUGGUUAUGGUAUUGAACGAAGAAAAGGAGGAUAAUAAUAAACAAACAAGCAGCAGCAGCAGUAGUGUUGAUCUCUCUUCAUGUGGUGGUUAUACAAUCUCUCAUAUACUGUCAAUGGGUACUGGAAAUAGAUGUCUUGGUCCAAGUGCAAUCGGUAAGAAUGGUGACACUGUCAAUGAUUCUCAUGCUGAAAUAAUAUGCAAAAGGUCAUUUCAAAGAAUGUUAUAUAAUGAAUUGGAGUGUAUUUUAACAUCACCUGCAACCUAUUCAUCCAUAUUAUUGGAUUUGAUACCUUCACACUUGAAAAAUGAAGAAGAAAAAGAAGAAGGGGAGGAAAAAGACACUGGAAAAUAUCCUUUCAGAUUUAAAUUAAAAGAUAAUAUAUCACUACAUUUGUAUAUAAAUCAAACUCCUUGUGGUGAUUGUUCGAUAUUUCCAAUUUCAAACAAUAAAGAAGAAAUUCAAGAAGAAAUACAAGAAGAAAUACAAGAAGAAAUACAAGAAGAGGAAAAGAGAGAGAAAAAGAAAAUUAAACAUACUGUAACAAGUUUUGAUAUACAGAGGACAGGUGCUAAAACUGUAGCGGGUGAACCUCAAGAUAAAAAGGAACAAGGUAUAGAUUACCACCAAGCUGGAUCACUAAGAAUUAAACCAGGUCGAGGUGAGAAAACACAGAGUAUGUCGUGUUCUGACAAGAUUGCCAAGUGGAAUAUUGUUGGCAUUCAAGGAUCUCUAUUGUCUUUGUUUGUGUCACCAAUUUAUUUGGAUUCAAUCAUUGUUGGAGAUUUAUACAACCAGCCUAGCUUGACCAGGGCCCUAUUCGAUCGAGUAAAUAUAUCUCUGCAUCCACCAAGUGAUUAUUUUAAAGUCAAUGAAAAAUGUCAAUACUUGGCCACAAAUAAUCAAUUUCAGCACUCUAAACAAAUCAUGGAACAAAUUGUACUAGGCACUGGAAAUACAAGUAAAAAACAACAAAGAAAUGGAAAUAUUGCUAUUCCUUCUGGAUUGUCAAUUAACUAUAGUUAUCCAUCAACUCUAGAAGUAACCCUAUCUGGUUCAGGCAAAAAGAUGGGAACUUGCGCCAAAAAUUUUGAUCAACCUUCUCAAAGAUCUUCAUUGUCAAAAUACCAAAUGUUAUUAUCAUUUACUAAAAUAUCUUCUUUGUUUAACUCUUAUUUUCAAAUCGAUAAAAAAGAUAUUAAUAAUAAUAAUAAUAAUCAAAAUAAUAAUAAUAAUAAUAAUAAUAAUAAUCAAAAUAAUUACCGAUCAUAUAAAAUAGGAAAUGUAAUGUACCAAAAAUAUUUCAUAGACAAUGGUAAGAAGUCACUUUACUACUAUAAAUCAUUAUCACCCAAACCAUUUUUAUAUGAACUCAAAGGUAAAAAGGUAGCAGUCAGAUUAAAAUGGGGAGGUAUGGAAUAUAGAGGUAUUUUAGCAUCAGUAGAUAACUAUAUGAAUUUACAAUUGGCAGCUACAGAAGAGUGGAUAGAUGGUACAAUGAUUGAUACGCUUGGUGAAGUUUUAAUAAGAUGUAAUAAUGUUUUGUAUAUACGUGGAGUAGAACAUGAAAUGGAGAAAUAA